AUUAUUUUAAUUUUUUUGUUUAAGGGAAGGACCCAAGGGAGAAGACAAAUACUGUGCAGAAUCCUUGGAAACCCUAAUGAACUUUGUCAUUUCAAAGCUUGGAAAGAACGUUCAGGCAUUUUCAAGCUCCUUCUUGAGUAAGCAAGAGGAAUACACAGUGGAGGGAGUGCAUAAUCUUGGAGGCAAAGCAGUGAUGUGUCAUAGGUUGAAUUUCCAAAAGGCUGUGUUUUACUGCCAUGAAGUCCAUGAAACAACAGCUUUCAUGGUUCCAUUGCUUGCCGGUGAUGGAACCAAAACUCAGGCACUUGCUGUUUGCCACUUUGAUACUUCGGUCUUGAACUUUGAAUUGUUCCGUCAAAUAAUGAAAGUUGAUCCUGGAACUAACCCUCUUUGCCAUUUCCUUGGAAACAAGUCCAUUUUGUGGGUUCCCAAUUUAGCCACGGAGGGUGCCUCUCAGACUAAAAUUGUUGUUUAAUUAGUGCAUCUUGGGCACCAUCAGAAAUGUGUGUAUUAUAAAUAAAUUAUAAUGUGAUGUUGUGUAUUUCUGCCCGCCGGCACUACCCUUUUUAGCUUAGAGCUGGAAAUGGAGCUACGAACCUACGUGUACUGUUGUUAGUUUGGUACCCCACCGAAGCAUGAUUCAUCUCGUGAUCGACAUGCUUUCAUGAUGUUGUGAUCAUUAAUAAUGCAAUAAAAAUGUACCGUGUUUCAUGUUCUAAUA